AUGUCUACCGAUGGCGAUGAACCUGUAAUUCAAAUUGAGGAUUCAGUUGACAGUUUAGUCCCUAGUUCGAAAAGAGCAAAAACUUCUACAGCUUGGGAAUGUUUUGAAAAUUUUGUUAAUGAUGAAGGACUCCCAAAGGCCAAAUGCAAAAAUUGUAAUAAAAUUUACAUGGCUAGAGAUGGUGGUGGCACUUCAAAUUUGAAAAAACAUGCGGCGAUUUGUGUUGGAAGAGGAAAUGGAUCAUCUUAUCCGCCACUGAAUCAAGAAAUGUAUAGGGAAAGAAUUUCUGAGGUAAUUGUUAAACACAAUUAUCCUUUUAGUUUUGUUGAACGUGAAGGGAUAGUUAACUUACUUAGUUUUUUGCACCCUGAUGUUAAGUCCAUGACUAGAAAUACUGCAAAGUUUGAUGUUCUUAAGGUGUUUAGAAAAGAAAAAGAAAACUUAAAAUCCUAUUUGCAGUCAAUUCCAGGAAAAAUUUGCUUAACAUCUGAUCUAUGGUCUGCAAUAAAUACUGAUGAAUAUAUGGUUUUGACUGCACACUUUGUUAAUAGGAAUUGGGAAUUAGAGAAAAAAGUUUUGUCCUUCAUUCAUUGUCCACCACCUCAUAGCGGUUUUAAUUUGGCUGAGAAGUUAAUAAGUUUGUUAAAGGAGUGGGGUAUAGAGAAAAAAGUAUUCACAAUUACUUUAGAUAAUGCAUCUAACAAUGAUGUUAUGAUUAGGAUGUGUGUGAAAUAUGUAAGGGGCUCAGAAGCUCGAAAGAUAAAGUUUUCAUCUUGUUUAAAGCAACUUUCAAAUGUGACUUCUAAGCAAGUUCGUCAAGACUUACCUACUAGGUGGAAUUCCACUUAUCUGAUGCUUGAGACUGCUAUAGGUCAACGAGAAUCCUAUACGCUCCUAAGUGAUAUCGAUCCCUAUUUUGAUUGUUGCUUAUCAAACGAGGAGUGGGAUGAGGUAAAAACCAUAGCUGAUUUUUUGAAGCCAUUUUACGAUAUCACAGUGUUAUUUUCGGGUAGUUCUUAUCCAACCGCCAACCUCUAUUUUAGUGGUGUGUGGAGAAUUCAUAUGAAAAUCAAGGAAGUUUCAUGUGUUGUUCAUAGUGAGUUUGAAAAACAAAAUCAAUUAUGUUGCAUGGCUAGAAGAACGAGAAAAAAGUUUGAUAAAUAUUGGAAUUCUUAUAGUGUUGUUCUAUCAUUUGCUGUCAUCUUGGAUCCUAGAUAUAAGUCGCAGUUUGUUGAGUGGUGCUAUGUGAAGUUGUUAGGUGAUGAGGGAGUACAAGUUGCAAAGUUGAUCUUUGAUAAGUUGAAAGUUUUUUUUCAAGAAUAUCUCAAGUCCUCAAAUGAAGCAAGCACUUCAUCUUCACAAAGAUCAAUUAGAGGUAGUCCAAACAUUCCCUCAAAUGACUUGCAAGAUUUUGGGAGUUACACAACAAAUGAGGGUAAAUAUCCCAAACUUUCUAUAUUGGGACGUGACCUUUUGAGCAUUCCAAUCACUACAGUUGCAUCAGAAUCAGCAUUUAGUAUAGGUGGACGUAUACUUGAUAAGUAUCGAAGCGCUCUUAAAUCUGAUAAUGUUGAAGCAUUGUUGUGUACACGUGAUUGGCUUUGUGAAAUUCCAGCUCCAUUUGAUAUUGAUGGACUCGAUUUUGCUGAGGACCUUUCAACCUUCUUUUCCACAACAUGA